AGCAGCCCACCGCGCGGUGCCGCGUCACGCAGGAAGAGGAAGAGGAAGAGAAGAAGACGCAGGCCGCAGCCUCCUCCUCUCAGGACUGUGUUGGUCUCUGCUGCCGCUGAGCUCCAGGGUUUCUGAGCGGCUAUGAUUGACAGAGUCAGCAGAGGUUUACACGGGCAUGUCCGCGCACCCGCUCGGUUGUUAUCGUAACAGACAGAUUAGCAGCAUGGCGAGUGAAGACAGAGUCCCGAGCUGUCGCCAGUCUCACACAGGAAGAAGAGCACCGUGUAUCGGAUUAUUCAGGAUUAUAUUUAUUGCUUUUAUCCACGCGACGCGGGCGAAUAAACAAGCAUUCAUUCAGUCAGACACAAUUCUAGAAGUUCUACAUUUUGGCGAGGGAAGCCUUUUACAGGCAGAAUCUGACAUUGAUUUUAGUUUAUAUCAUCAACAAAGCACGUCCCCGCACCGUGGGAACUGUCGACCUAUACGAUUUGAACCGCCAAUGUUGGAUUUUCACGAACAGCCUGUUGGAAUGCCAAAAAUGGAGAAAGUUUAUUUACACAAUCCUAGCCCAGAAGAAAUUAGUUUGAUAUCAAUAUCAGCGACGACAGCACAUUUUCACGCAUCCUUUUUCCAGAAUAGGAUAAUUCCACCAGGAGGGAACACAUCAUUUGAUGUGGUGUUUCUCGCUCGAGUGGUUGGGAAUGUUGAAAACACUUUAUUUAUUAAUACAUCACAUCAUGGAGUGUUUACAUACCAGGUUUUUGGGGUCGGCAUCCCAAACCCCUACAGAUUGCGGCCCUUCAUUGGGGCUCGAGUCCCAGUAAACAGCAGCUUUUCACCUCUAAUACACAUCCACAACCCAUACAGUGAACCACUGCAGGUUGUUGAGAUGUACUCCAGUGGUGGGGAUCUACAUCUGGAGCUUCCCACAGGUCAACAAGGAGGCACUGGAAAAUUAUGGGAGAUCCCUCCGUUUGAGACCAAGGGGGUGAUGAGAGCCAGCUUCUCAUCGAGAGAUGCAGACAACCACACGGCUUUCAUCAGAAUUAAAACCAACGCCCCCAACGAGGACCAGUUCAUCAUCCUGCCUGUAGAGGUGGAGGUCACGUCAGCCCCUGGUAUCUACUCCUCCACAGAGAUGCUUGACUUUGGUACGCUGCGUUCACAAGAUCGUCCAAAACUGCUGAAUCUACACCUAUUAAAUUCAGGAACAAAAGAUGUUCCAAUUACAAGUGUACGCACAACACCAUCAAAUGAAGCAGUCACAGUGGAUUUCAAAGCAGUCACGCUAAAAGCAGGAGAGAGCCGAUAUACCAAAGUAGCAAGUAUUAGUUUUGAUGCCUCAAAAGCGAGAAGACCAUAUCAGUUCUCUGGUAAAAUAACCGUUAAAGCAAAAGAGAAGAGCUACUCCAAGCUUGAAAUCCCAUACCAGGUCGAGGUUUUAGAAGGCUACCUGGGCUUUGACCACACAGCGACAUUGUUCCACAUCAGGGACAGUCCUGUAGACCCGGUGGACAGACCCAUUUUCCUCACAAAUGCCUUUAACUUUGCAAUUCGGAUACACAACGUGUCCCUGCCCGAAGAGGCCAAAACCAUGUUUAAUGUGCAGAACUUCAGUGCACCGAUCCUCAUCCCCCAACAUGAGUCACGGUACAUCUUCUCCCUCCUCUUCCGGCCGGUCCGACCAUCCAUUCACAUAGACAGCAACAUCCUGCUCAUCACAAACGCAUCAAAGUUUCACCUGCCUGUCCGGGCUUACACAGGCUUCCUGGAGCCCCUGGUCCUGCCUCCCAGUCUGAAGGAGAACCUCCUGGACUUCGGUGUCCGCAGUGCAACAGACACCAGCAGCAUCACAUUUGUGGUUGUCAACAGUAAUCCAAUAGAGCUGGAGAUCAAGUCCUGGCUGGUCACAGGAGACAGCCUUUCCAUGGAGCUGCUGAAGACGGAGAAGGGAAACACAACAGUGGCCCUGAAUCGCCUGAGAGAGCUACAGAACAAUUCAGCCUCCCAUCACAAAACGGUGAUACUAGCAUCUGGCUACUAUGCAGCAUUCAGAGUGACACUAGUGGCCAAGGCACUGGAGGGCACAUAUGAUGGAGCCAUACACAUAACCACAGAUUAUGAGAUAUUAACCAUCCCAGUGAAAGCUCUCAUUGCAGUGGGCACUCUAAACAGCUCUCCCAACCACAUCAUUUUACCACCUUCAUUUCCAGGUAAAGUUGUUCAUCAGAGCUUCAGCAUACAGAGCUCCUUUACACAGAAAGUGAGGCUGCAGCAGAUCCGCUCCCUGACAGAGGAUAUACGUUUUUAUUACAAACGGCUACGCAACAACAAGGACGAGCUGGAGCCCAGGCGUAAAUCUAAGGUGGCAAAUAUUUAUUUUGAUGCCAGCUUGCAGUGUGGUGAUCACUGUUAUGUGGGGCUGCCAUUUGUGCUUAAAUCUGAGUCCAAGCCUCACGGGAUGGCGUUACAGGAGGAUAUAUGGGAUGCUGAUGUAGAUUUUCAUCAGAAACUGCUCAGACGAUGGAAAGAGCUGAAAGAACAUACAGGACACAAGAUCGAAGCCAUCUUUGAAGUCAACACAGACCUUCAAAAAAAUGUGCAAGCUAAAAUAACCGCUCACUUGACCUGGCCCUCACUGAUCAACUCCUCACAACGAAUUACUUUCCCUCUGACCAACACAAACAGCUCCUCUAACGAGGAGGUGAUUCUGCAAAAUCCUUCCGACGUCCCCGUCUAUGUCCAGGUUCUCCCCUUGGCCCUGUUACCCAACCCCUCAGUGUUCUCUGGAAAACUGGCUGAUAGGUUUCCAUUGGGAAAUUUGUCCAACAUCAACAUCAACACAAACACGCUUGAGUUCCAGGUGCACAGAAAUCAAACGUCCCUAUUGAAGACCAGUUCUGGGUUCGUAGAGGGCUCAACCAGACCCUUUGUGUACAACCUCCUCCUGCUGCCUGGGGAAGUUAAGUCAUUCAGUGUAAGAUUCACUCCCAUCAGCAACCACAGUGUCUCCUCUCUCCUCAUAGUCAGAAACAAUCUGACCGUGAUUGACACAAUCAUACUUCAUGGACGAGGUACGACGGAGAGCCUCAAAGUCGCAGGGAAGCCUCCGGGACAAGGCAGCUCGCUGAGGUUUAAGAUGACUGAGGCCUUUCUCAAAGACUGCACAGAGAAGAUAAAAGUCAAAGAGCCGAACUUCACUCUCAAAAGAACCUUCAGGGUGGAGAACACAGGCCUGCUCCCGAUCACCAUCAGACCAGCAGAAAUCAAUGGCCAAGCUUGUGAAGGAUAUGGAUUCAAAGUUCUCAACUGUCAAGAGUUUGCACUUAAGCCAAAUGCUUCAAAAGACCUCAUCAUACUGUUUACACCCGACUUCACUUCGUCUCGAGUGAUCAGGGAGCUCAAGUUGGUGACAUGUGGAGGCUCUGAGUUCGUGUUUGUCCUGAAUGCCUCCUUGCCCUACCACAUGUUAGCUUCGUGUGCAGAGACCCUGCCCAGACCGAGCUGGGAGCUGGAGCUCUACAUCAUAGUGUCUCUCAUAAUGAGUUCCAUGUUUCUAUUGGUGAUUGCCACAGCCUACUUGGAGGCUCAGAGCAUCUGGGAGCCUUUUAAGAGACGAGUGUCUGUGGAAUCCAACUCCACCUUGGAGACUGGGAGACCAUUUAAUCUCAGGGAAAUUGUGCAAAUUCACAGUGAUCCAAAAUCGAACGAGUACAGUGACUCAACCCAGAACUCCAGAGGAUUAUAUGCGUCCAGCAACGGAGCAGCGCGGGUCGGAGGCCGACAGAGCAACACUCGCACCCUGUCCGACUCAGACAGCCAAGACAAGAGGUCCAGGAUGGGCUUCGGCCGCUCACCUAUGCAAGCUGCUUCCUCCCAGCUGACCAAAGGAAGUACAACCUCAGGCCAAGAAGGUCCUCCAGCUGCCUGCCAGCUAACCAACCGCAAGGCUCGCAGUACCAAACAGCUGGACCUCCAGAGUCAAAACUUAGCUGGGUCGUCGGUGCCUCACCGAGGCCUCUGCGCUGACGAUCCAGAAUAUGCCAAUCUAGUAGGAGCCAUGGACAACGACCUCGACCGCCCAGAGCCACUCAGUGCCGAGGCUCUGCAGGAGCAGAGCUCUCAGUCCAUACAAAGCAAAGUGUUGGAAUCCAAAGGGAAGCUGCGGGGUAAAACAAAAGCCCAGAGGAAGAAGGAAGAGAAAGAGAAAAAAUCUACAGGAAAGACUCAGGGAGACGAGCUUAAAGAUAACCUCGCUGACAACGACGACAGCUCCUCCACCACUACAGAGACCUCUAACCCAGAUGUGGAGACAAACAUCAGAGAGGAACCAGUGACAAAGAAAGGCAGGACAGUAACCACUGGGAAAGUGAAAGAAGAAACUUCAAAUUUCCUAAUCAAGCCCAAAACCAAGAAACAAGGAACCACCAAGAAAGAGACCCCAGCAGAAAAAUCCAGUUCUCUGGAGCUGCCAUAUAUAACACCACUGGAGAACAAACAGCGUAAGAGCUUCACUUCCAAAGCUCUCCACCCUCUCACCAACAUCCCAAAGACCAAACCCCUGCAGAAACCGAGAUUUGAUGGGAAGCUGGACGACGGGCGCCCCUCUCUGCUGGCCAAACUCCUGUCCAGCGGCGGCUCUGUCCCUGAACCGGGCCACAGCAGCAGCUCUGAGGGCGAGAAGGAGUUUGCUUCCCCAGAGUGGGAUGUGCCUGUUUCGAAAAACAGCGUCCAAGCAGAUAGUCUUCAGCAGAUCUCCCUCCAGACAAUAAACGCUGACCCUUUCCUGAAGAGAUCCGCCCCCUGCUCCCCUCCACCGACCUCCCCCAGCUUACUGUCCCGAGGCUCCUACAGCAGUGUGCUCAACAGUAACAGCGAGGUAUACCAGAAGAAGGCCCCAGGAAAUAAACUGUCUCCUGCCGCUCCACUGCCAGGCAAAAAUGGGAACCCCACUUUCGCUGCAGUAGCUGCUGGUUAUGACAAAAGCCCAGGUGGCUCUGGCCCAGGUAAAACUGACAGCCAAGGAAAGAGUUUGCCACACAUGACAUCAGUGGAAAGUGACAGCUCUGACAGCUCUGGAUUAUGGAGUCCCAUUGACACAGCGAGCAGUCCAAACUUCCAUUCUGCCAACUCAUUCUCUGCUUUUGGGCCCAACAAUUCCUUCAACCUGUCAGGAGUUUUCAGUGGAAUGAAUCUCCCAAAAUCAUCUGAGCCUCAGCAAAGCUGGCCCGAGAUCAGCCCUGUGCCCUCGUCCAUCUGGGACAUACCCAGCACCGACUCUCUGCACUCCUGGCCCAGCAGCUCCAGCUCACCCACUGCCCCGACUGCAUCACUCCUGGGAAACAGCCGCAGUCCCUGGUUCACGACCACGCCCUUCGGCAGCUCCAUUUGGUCCACAAGCGCAGAUUCAGCCUUACACCCUUUUCCUCCCACUACCAACACCACAACUCUGACUGAUCUGGUCAACAGCUCCGCCCCGUCGCCACCAGCCUCCACUGAGAUGAGUCGCACCUACAACCCGUGGAGCAUGUGGCGCCCCACCCUGAGCAGGCGUAGCUCUGAACCCUGGCCUAGCUCCUCUGACAACGGCAAUUAAACAGCACUUGAAGGCACUUAACAGAAGCAUGUCAUGGAUUUCAUGUACUCUGUACGUUGAAUCAAAUUCUUCUUUUAAUCCGAGAAUCCCAACAGAAAGCAACGUUACCUGAAAUGCUUGGUAGCCCAGUGCUGUAGCUUACCAACCCUGCCAUUUAGUUCUCUGCAGUUCUUUUAUUCAUGGGGGCAGAAAUGCUAUGUUUUAUUUGGAUUUGUUUUAACAGGUGCCCCUGAAAUUAAAAAUGUUAAUGGCAUGGUAUGCUAAUGCCAGAGCAGACAUUUUGUUGAUAUAGUAAGGCUGGGAACGCUGCAGAAUCUCUAAAGAUCAGUAUUAAUGUUGGAGCCGACAUCUUGUUUUAAACCACAUCUUCCUUUCAAAAAUCAUUUUGCGUCUUAUUGGUUUUCUUAUAAAACUCUGUUUGAAAAGUCAAAUUCUGAUUUUUCUGAAUUUAAAUCGUUGCACUGGGCUUUUAUUUGGCAGCAGAGAUCUUUCAUAAUCUGACAUGUGAUUCUUCAGAACAGCAGCAGCCCAGAAAGCUUCAUGAACGUUUAUGUUCCCCAUUUUAAAGUGGCCUCGGCCCUGAAACUGUCAAUACCUUCUGUAAGAAUACAUUGAGUCGGAGGUUUGUAUGGUGCACCACUUUAAAUAAAGGAUUUCAGCAAAAUAA